GAAGCCUCCCGUGCUCAGGAGCAAGCUAUGGAGGUCGAAGCCCUGAGGAGAGAAGCUGAGAAGCUGCACCAGGCGCUGCGAGAGAUCGCCCAGGCAGUGAUCUUAGACGCUGAAGGCGCCGGUCCCCUCCCACCGCCCGACCCAAAGACUGACGUUUCGGCCAGCGACGGCACCGGUGUUGUGAGGGGCUUGUCCUCCCCACUGCGGAGCUCCUCGCCUCGACGCAGCCUCUCCCCGGUCUUUGCGGCCUCCACCCUGGCUAUGGUGCAGUCCGCCCUACAGAAGCGCCAGCUGCAGCUGCAG